AUGGUUGAGGACCAGGUGGUGCUGGUUGGUCCCAGGAAGCUGCCUACGUCCUGCCCCUCACGCCAGAGGCUGGACGCCCAUUCCUGUGGGAGGUGGGGAGUCCUGGCAGGGUUCUCUCCAGCCAGGGCACAGGGCAGCAGUGGGCAUGAGCUGACCACAGCAGCACAGUGCGUAACCUACUGGAGCACGAGGUUCCAUCGCGAGGGGAUCCCGGAGCCGCAGGAAUCCAGCCAAUACAUCAUCUCCCACGUCCUCGGAGGAAAAACUAUUCACAGUCUUGAAGAGGGAAGCUUGUCCAGAGCACUCACUGCGGAGCAGAAACGGAUGAUCUGGAAGCUUUGUUUCAGACGUCUACAGCGGAUGCCUGUACAGUUUGUGAUUGAGGAGUGGGACUUUUGUGACCUGACGUUGAAAAUGAAACCACCGGUCUUCAUUCCCAGACCGGAAACUGAGGAUUUGGUGAGUAUUGUUCUGUCGAAAGAGGAUGAUUCAACAGAAGAAACACCUUGGCAGAGCUCCCUCCAGACCGAUGCCAGAUACCUGUUCCUGGAAAUUGGGUGUGGAUCAGGUGCUAUAACAAUGUGUUUACUUCAACAUUUCAAGCAAAGCCAUGCUGUGGCAGUGGAUAAGAGUGCGGAGGCUGUGGCCCUCACACGAGAAAACGCAGAGAGGUUGUGCGUUCAACACAGAGUUCGCGAAUACCAGCUCGAUGUAAUAUCAGAUUCCCAGGAGCUGGCUACAGUCUGUGGUCCAGUGGACGCGAUUGUCAGUAACCCUCCAUAUGUGUUCCACGAGGAUAUGUCUGAACUGGCGGCAGAGAUACUGCGAUACGAAGACCUUUCAGCUCUGGAUGGUGGCACAGAGGGAAUGGAUGUCAUUAGAGCCAUCCUGCAGUUAGCACCUACAGUUCUCAAGCAUCACGGCAAGGUUUUCCUGGAGGUGGAGCCCAGACACCCAGAGAUGAUCCAAGCCUGGCUUCAGACUCAGCCGGCCCCAGGCCUAACCUACAGGGCUACCCACAAGGACCACUGCGGAAAGCCCCGGUUCUGUAUCCUCCAGAAGUGCUGAGUGUUUGACAAGCAGCGUGGGACGUCACCACACGGGAGACUGGGAGAGCUUAGCCUCUGUCCUGCUCAGCGCCUGAGCCCUGCCAUUAGGUGGAGCAGAUCUGCUUGGAAUGUCAAUGGCCAAAUCACAGGCUGAUUCCUCUCUCGCAUGUUUGGCUCAGAGCAGCUUCCUGCCACUAACCACCGCUGCCUGGACGUGAUUGAAUAUAGGGUUCGAGCAACUUAUAAGCGUUCAUUUCAUUACAGCUUGAAAAGUUGGCUAAAUGCACAAGUGUCUUGGCUUUCACUUACACAGCGACUUUUAGGAAACAUCUCAAAGGCCAGCUUCAACGAGACUUCGUGAGUGGGAGAUGGGGAGGAUAGGAAGGUGGUCAAAGGGGUAGGUUUUUAGAUGGAUUUUGAAAGCAGAGAGGGAAGGUGAGAGCCAAAGGUAAGGGAGUUGCAGAGAGCUGGACAAAGAGGGUGAAAGGUUGCCCUCAGAUGAGAGUAGAGCAAGCGUGUAUUAGGGGAGCGGAGGCAGUAGCCAUGGGAGGAGCACUACAGAAGAUGGCAGUGGGUGGGUAAAGGUGUGGCGACAUUUGAAAAUAAAACGAGGAUCUUAAAGCCAAGUCAGUCAAGCCUGGAGAGGAUGAGAGUUCAGGCUCAUGGAGCCUGUUGUGGGGCAGAAUAACAGCUGUGAAGUUCUAGAUGAUGCGGGGUUUAUGAAGCAAGGUAGGUGGGAGCCUGUGGAAGAACAGGCAGAUAGAUGUCAGCCUUGUUCAGUCAGUAACACUCUCACAACUUAGUGAGAAGGUAGGUGCAAAGCUGGGGGCAGGGGGACAGAGUGGCUGAAAAGAAAGUGUGUUUGUGGUUUAGUUGCAGACCACAACAGCCGUGUUCCUCAGUAAUCUGAGGCUGAGCAGCCACCUGCUGACAGACAGACAGACCCCUUUGUGCUCAGAGAGAAGGAGAUGACUUCUGCAGCUGAGUUCCAGCCUUGGUGUGAAAAUGUGCCGAUCACGAGCUCAAAGCGUGGCAAAGACUCGGGAGUUAGAAAGACUACAUAGGGCCAACCAAACCAGGAAAGGCAUCAGAAAAUCUGGUAGCAAAGCUAUGUUUCUAGGGGACGUAUCCAGCUGGGAGUGGCAUAUUAAUUGGCUGGUAGGAUUGAGGAUGUUGAACACAACUCCAAAUCCCAAUGAUGAGCUGAUCAGCUCGUCAAUCACCAAUGACAUCCUGUACUACUGUGUCACUGCCUGACAUUUGGAGGUUGGUCUUUUCACAGUCAGUUCAAUCUCAGAGAAGGUCCAUUUCAGGUCACCUCAUUGCCCAACACAGCCUUCUCUUUCCCCCCUCCCUAUCCGCCCACCUGUCCCACACCAGCAACCCUCCACACAUAGAAAUGAGAUGUAUAACAUUUUUUACAGAAAAGGAAACUCGGUGAGAUGCUAGCUGUUGGAUUUGUGUAAACUGGUGCCCUGUUCGACAAUCCAUUCAUUCACUUCAUGUCUGUUUGAUAGUCAUU